UCAAAACAUAUGAUUUUCUUUAACUAACAGGUAUUAUUCAGAACUGAGAGGUAUAAUACGUUGAGCAGACGAGUAUUUUUUAAUUAAAUAAAUAAAUCGGAUAAAACUAAUGCCUUCUUCAAAUCUUAAGUUAUCCUUAAAAUAAUGUAAUGUGGUUUAACCGACAUUCGUCGAUCUUGUCUUGUCUUGUCUUGACUAACAUACAUAUGUAUGUACAGAUGUAUAUACAUACAUACAUUGUAUGUAGAUUGAUCGACGGUGAAAAUGAAUAGACAACGAAACCAAUUUAAGCGUGGACAAAACUUUUCCUCGGAGGAAGAGUUUUUGCUCAUAACUUUGGCUGCAGAGCACCGAAAGGUCUUCGAAAAUAAGAAAUGUGAUGCCGUAACUUGGAGGGAAAAGGAGUUGGCGUGGAAUAAUCUGGCGACCAUCUACUCGAGCACGUCCGGGGUUAAGCGCAGUGGUAACAGCUUAAGAGCCAAAUAUGAAAGCUUAAAGAAGAAACUUAAAGCUGGACUUCCCUACGGAGAGCCUCCAACAAGACCAACCAUAACCGAAAAACUUCAAGAAGCACUUGGAGAUGAAGAAUCGGGUGGUGAAAAUUCCGACAACGAUUGUAUUAUAAAUGAGUUCCAGACGGAGGAUCUUUCUGAACCUUUUGGAGAUAUAAUCGAGUUCAAUGAAGAUAACUCUAAUGAUAAUGUGACUUCCAAAUCUAGUGAUCCGAUAAACCUUGAGGCUGAGUUGAUUCCGCCACCGACGAGUCCACCUCGAAAGUCACAGCGCCAAGAAACAGAUUUAGGCAUUCUAAUUCAGACGGAAAAACUGCGUCUUAUCAGAGUACAGCGCAAAUUCCAAGAACAGGAGAAUGUAAGAGCCCAGGAAAGGCACCGGGUGGAAAUGGAAACCUUAAGUGCGAAGCGGGAGUUGCUUUACUUGGAAAUCGCUGAAAAGAAAUUGAAAUUGAAUGACUCUCCGAAGGAAUAAUGUCCUUUAAUAUUAUGUAGUUUUAAUAAAAAUUUUCAACUAUUAUCAUAGACAAUA